GAAGAAACACAAUACUUUGGAAAUAACCUAGCCACUCCAUUGUAGCGUCGGGUCUCAAGGGACUUAAUGUAGGAUAAUUAGAUGUGGAAUGAGCGUUAAAACUCAAAGCAAAGAGGGACUUGAUUUGCAUAUAAGACAGAGGUGAAUGGACCAGUAGGAAGACUAUUAAUGGCAUCAAGGGCGUAUAAUGUAACCGUUUAUUGAGCUCGAUUCACCACUAUAUGUUGGUGACGAGGAGUUCCUCUAUUUCUUGGAAAAUGGCUGGUUUUGAUACUAACCUGAAUUACGGAACAUUUGACUGUGACAUGGAUCCGACUUCAGCAGGUUUGCGCUUCAGAAAAUACGUGGAAAGAUUUAAAGUUUACAGAUUAGCAAUGAACAUAAAGGAUAAAGGAAAACAGCCUUAUUUUUACAUUGUUCAGGACCGCAAGUACAGGACAUUUUGACACCCUAGAAGACACCGGUGAGGAUUUCGAAACCACCACUGAUAAACUCAUGGAAUAUUUUGAAGCAAGAAAACACCACCUUUUCAACAUAUACCAGUUUCUGCAGUUAACUCAAAAGAAAGAGGAGUCGUAUGAUGAUUUCACUACUCGCCCGAAACAAGCAGUGGGUCCAUGCGAUUUUCCGAUGGAUUGGUGUGAUGUGGAAAUACAGCUGUGGUUAAUAGAGAAAGGAGAAUCGAGGCAGGUCAGACAACGACUGCUUAGCAAACCUCAUACCUUAAUGGAGGCCCUGGAUUUCACAAGAGCCCUGGAAAUGUAUAAGCAAGCCGAAAGAAUGAUUUCACGUGUAGGAAGUUUCACGUCUUCCUGUAUGACAAGUCAUUCAUAGUUGUCACUGAUCACAAGCCCGUGGAGGUCAUUUUAAUACCCCGAGGCAUGCAACGUCUAUACGGUUGCAGAGACUGACUGAGUGAAUGCUCGAUUAUGCGUUUAAGGUAGAAUACACGCCAGGGAAGACCAACAUCUCAGACUACAUAUCAAGGCACCCCCUUCCUCUCGAGCAGAGCCGUAAAAGGGUACUGGGCACGACUAAUGAUGUCGGGCAUUGCGUGAAUUUUGUAAUUGAAAAUGAUAUUCCAAAGGCGAUAAGCUAGGAAGAAAUAAUUGUGAUUUGCGUUUGCAACCUGAUAACCUUAGUGCAUCCAAUGAGAUGACAAUUCACAGUCCACAUAACGAGCCUGAUGGUCCACCAACAUCCCUAGGAGCAACGGAAACGGAGGGACAUAAACAGCAGCCAGACGAUACUGCAGUAAGCGGGCCAAGAAGAUUAGCACAUGCAAGAACAUCUACUUGGAACACUAUUUACAGGGACUUUCUGCUGGAGGCAGCACGUCUACAUGUAAAUCUUCAUCAAAAAGAAAAUUUGUACGGACCUGUCUGAAAGACUUUCCAUUGCUCACAUACAAUGUUGAAGCAAACCAAAUGUUCUGCAAAUUGUGUAGAGACAAUACAACUUGCAGUGACUCAUCCUCUACCUUCGUGUCUGGCAGUCAGAACUUUAAAAUAGAAUCUGUGCAAAGCCACGAAUCUUUAACUGGCCAUACUCGUUGUGUUGCGGCUGCUAAAGUUCCUGGGAAUCCACAGCUGGCCCAUUUACCAUGAGCUCUGUUGUCAAUGUCAGAAGAAAUCUCUCAGAAGAUGGAAAGACUGUUCGAUACAGCUUAUUUUGUUUCCAAGAGGGAGAUGCCAUUUACAACCCUUCCCCAUCUGCGAAAAACUGGAAAUGAAACAUGGAGUUGAGCUUGGAAACACCUAUAUAAAUGACAAAGCAUGCAAAACUUUUGUGUUGUCUAUUGCAGGACAGUUAAAGCAUGAGCUCUCAAGCAAGCUUCAGUCAUCAAAGUUCAUAAGUGUAAUGGAAGAUAGUGCAUGUGAUGUUGGAGUACGCAAAGUAGAAGAUGUCUAUGUAUAUCAUUUGGUUAAAGGCGAAAUAACAAAUUCAUUAGGGAGGCUGAAGGCUUAUGAAAACAGCCAAGCACCUAGAAUCAAAGUAGCUGUGGAGUCUGCCAUGGGAGAGGUGUGCAGGGACUGGAAAGAGAAGAGAGUGUCCCUGGGAGCAGAUGGAACAAAUGUAAUACUUGGAGAAAGAAAUGGUGUUUAUGGCUUGCUUAGACAAGAAAUACCACACAUUAUUAAGGUACACUGCAUUGCACAUAGGUUGGAACUUUCAUUUGCAGACACACUGUCAGAAGUUGCAGUUCUUAAAGAUGUCAAGGAAAUGCUUUAAGGUAUUUGGAAGCGCUACCAUUACUCUGCAAAGUUGGUUCGUGAGCUCAAAGAACUAGCUGAAAGCAAGGAAGUACGAGCAUAUAAAGCAGUCAAAGCAGAUGGCACGAGGUGGGUACCUCAUUUGCAAAGAGCAUUGAACAUUCUCUUGUCAAAGAACUUCCAAGUUGUAGUUUUACACUUCCAACAUACCUCACAAGCCAGGGACGCCAGUGUGCAGAUGCAAGGAAGGGCUGUGAAUUACAGCAAAAAACUCACAAGCUACAAAUUUGUUGCAGUUAUGCACCUGUUGCUUGACAUCGUAGAUGCACUUUCUAAAGUGAGUCUUAGCUUCCAGGAGGAUGGAAUAACAAUCUCAAGAGUUCAAGAUAAGUUAACCACUCUUUCAGCUGCUCUUGAAUCUUUCAAGAUGAGGCCUGGUCGGCACCUGAACUAUUUCCUCACAGAAGUAGGGAAUGCUAACACAUUUAAGGGUAUAGAGCUUGAAAGGGAUCCUGCAGACAGGCAGGCUAUCAGUGCUAUCCAGGCAUCUGUGCUGCAUGACAUUCAUCCAAGAGAGGUUUGAAGGGAUGACAACAGAUCCAGUUUUGUCAGCAGCAGCUGUCCUGACAAACCACCGAAGUUGGCCAGUUGCAGACAGGCAUCUGCUGCUCUUACAUGGAGAAACUGAAAUUCACGACACUACAUGGUCAUUUUCAGGUACCUCUAGUACACCACAACUUUAGUCUACAGCACUGCCUUGAUGAGUGGAUGAGUCUAAAAUUCCAUGUCCAACGAGUUAGAGCAGAACUUGAGCUCAAGCAAAGUGACUUCUGGAAGAAUAAAUUGAUGUUUUGUAAAGAUGAUUAUCCAAACCCGCUAAUUUUAGUCGAACUCUGUCUUGUAAUUCCUUGCCAGACUGCCUGUUGUGAGCGGGGAAACUCUUGCAUGAACAGAAUCAUGACUCACUGAAGGUCAAACUUGAAUGUUUCCACUAUUGAUGAGUUGAUGAGAAUAGUUAUCAGUGGACCUUCUCAUGAGGACUAUAGUGUAGUUCUUGCAGUUGGGUGCUGGUUGGACGAGUCAGAACGGAGCAGACGACCGACACUGAAGGACUAAUCAUCGAAGCCUUCAAUGAAAUUGAUCAUUUCAAUUUCUUGCGAUGUCAGGAAAGAACUUAUAAACUGAUUUAUUAUACUGUCUGUAGUGUCAGCACUACUACUAUGCAUCGUGCAGGUGCUGGCUGCUGGACUUUAAACUGCAGACCAGCACAAGUGCUGUUGGGUUCUUGUUUGUAGAGUUCAGUAAAAUUUAUUAUUGUAUUGUAACUAAACAUACCAGACAAGAUGCAUUUAAAUUAUUUCUUAUGUUGCAGUUUUUAUUAAUGUUUGAUAACAACAGGAUUUUUGACAUUUUUUUAUUUUAUGGUGUACAGAAGUGCUUAAGACUAGUAGAAACACGUUUAUGGCUAGUAAAGCCAAAGCAUGUACUAGCCGUUUGACUAUUAAGUUCAAAAGUUAAGUUCAAGACCUGGCUGACGUUCGAUGAGAAGAUUAAUAUUCUCCUUCUGGACAUGGAUUCACGUAAAGCAUGCAACAAGUGGCCAAAUAGAGUCCAAAAAAAUGCAUGUUUUGUAAUCGAUCACUCCCAACUGAAAAAAUGA